GUUAGGAGGGAAGGAAGGGGGUUUUGAUUUUUAAAAUAUUUUAAUCUUUUUUCAAAAAAUAAAAUAAAAAAAUAGAAAUAUAAAUUUAAUUCCCAACGCACAAAUAAGAAAGCAUAUAGUUGUUACUACGCCAGAUUCCAUUCUUCUUCUUCUUUGUGCGCCUUUUUACUGGGUUUCCAGAAACGGCCCUUUCGCCUCCCUUUCUUUUCUCUUUCUUACCCUUCGCCUUCUCAUUCUCCCCUUUAAGAGGACUCUUAAGGCUUUUUAGAGUUGCACUGCAAUAUGGGGAACGAAGAGAUGGACGCACCAGCUAAGACUUCAAAGGCCUCGUCAUUACAGGAGCAGCUUCCUACUAGCGUCCCUGCCAUGGUUUACUCUGAUUGGCAUCAGGCAUUUUAUAACUCGGCUGGGACCACUCCCAUUCCUUCACCCUUCUUUCAUUCUCCCGUGCCAUCCGGGCCUCAAGCACAUCCAUUCAUGUGGGGUUCUCAGGGGAAUGCUCAUGGUGCUGAUUUAGAGAGUAAAUCGUCAAAAGGCAAGGUCAGGACUCGUCCAAAGAGAUUCAAAGAAAGCUUAGGCAGUCUGAAUAUGCUUACAAGCAGGAGUAAUGAGAUGGGGGUAGGGGCAUCCAGGAAUGUCCUCUUUUCCCAAAGGUAUUGUUCAGUUGUCAAUGGCAUCUUUUCCCAAAGUAGAGAGAGUGGAAGUGAAGCUUCAAGUGCUGGAAGUGAUGCCAAUUCCCAGACUGGUUCACAUGAAAAACCACCCAAUCAAGGUCCAGUAGAAGGUGAUGAUGCUCAAGAUGGAAAUAGUGAUACACGUGCUCUAUCUUCCCAGACUCUGAUGAACCAGACAAUGACACUAAUGCCUAUGCCACCAAGUGGUAUUGGUGGUCCCAUGACCAACUUGAACAUUGGCACUGACUAUUGGAGUGCAUCCUCUCCUUCACCCAUGGCUACGAUUCGAGGCAAGCACCCUGCUUCUGGAACUAAACCUUCUAUAGAGUCGUGGUUGAAGGAUGAAAAAGAGCGUAAGAGGGAAAGAAGGAAGCUAUCAAACCGGGAAUCAGCACGACGCUCAAGAUUAAGAAAACAGGUUGAAUGUGAGAAGCUAAGCAAUCGUGUGGAAAAUCUGACAGAGGAAAAACAGGCACUUGAAGCAGAAUUAGAGCACCUACAGGAGGAGUGUGAUAGAUUUGCUGAAGAAAACAGUUCUCUCAAUGAGAUGCUUAAGCAGCAGCAGGGGCAGAGCUCGUCCAGUAGUGAGUGACAUGAUCAGCUAAAUUACGAUAAAAUAGACAACAUAGAAAGGGCUCACUAACUGAAGGUAUAUACAUACCCUGACGUUAAACACACCCCAUUUGUUGGAAGGCAAUUUCAGUAACAGGAAGUCCUUGACUUCUGCCAUUCUCAUUUUGGAUGGCAAAUGAGAAGAGGUUUUUUCUUUUACUCACGGGGCGCUUUCUACGAGGAAGACAAAAGAGGAGAAAGCAGAAGUGAGGUUGCUGCAAAUUUUUUUACAUGCAAAAUACCUCAUACGAGUCUCAUAUAAGCAAAUAUUAUGUUGCAGUUGAAAAUAUAUGCAUAUUCCUUUUCUCUUUCGCUAUCAUCCUUUUCGGUAAUGCAUGUAACUGAUGUGUUUGUUUAGAGAAAGAAAAUUGAAUAGAGGAUUACAAUAGGGAUGUUCCAAAUCUUUGAUCAUCUACAUGAUGUCUUUACGUUUUUCUUGUGUUGGCAUAUGCAAGUAUUAUAUCAUAAUAAUACUAUUGGGAGUCCUUUUGGAAGUUGUUUUAAUCA